UAAGUAAGCAGAAAGUAGGAUGUAUCGAUGCGUAUGUGUGAGUUACGUGUCAAUCACGCUGUUAUAAAACUUUGCAGUGGGCGCAGACACUCCACGUGAUCAACCUAGAACGCACGCGGGAAUGGAUCUGCAGCAUUCAUUAUUUAGUAGCGUUCAUUAAUUCAAAUAUUUUUCUUUAACGUUUAUCGUAACGGUUUUAAUCCAUCGUUUUAUUCGUAUUAGGAGUGUUCACAGUUCGUACACAAGAAAUGUUUACAAGGAAGCUACUGACUCUGGUGCUGGUGGUGCAGCCUGGGCGAGUAUUACUUGGUAUGAAGAAGAGGGGUUUUGGAGCGGGCAAGUGGAACGGUUUCGGAGGAAAAGUUCAGUCAGGAGAAACCAUAGAACAGGCUGCUAGGCGGGAACUGCUGGAGGAGAGUGGUCUGACUGUAGACACACUGCAUAAGAUUGGCAAUAUCACCUUUGAAUUUGUUGGAGAGAUGGAGCUAAUGGAUGUCCACAUCUUUCGAGCUGACGCCUACACCGGCGAGCCCACAGAGUCUGAGGAAAUGAGGCCUCGGUGGUUUGACGUUGACAAAAUCCCCUUUGGAGAAAUGUGGGCUGACGAUGUCCUGUGGUUCCCCCUGAUGCUGCAGAAGAGAAAGUUCUUGGGCUACUUCAAAUUCCAGGGUCACAAUGUGAUAGUGGAACACAAACUGGAUGAGGUGCAGGACCUUUGAUUGGAUUCUCACACCUUUGUGGUUACAUCUCACAGUGAUGGGCCUCAGUCGUGGUUGAGGAAGUGAUUGCCCCAAUUUGCAUUGAGAAUGUGCUCAUACCAAACACACCACUAGUCCCUCUCUCUCACACAUACACAGCAAAAUACUAUAAUAAUCAUUGUUUAUGCAGUUUGUACUUUCUUUAAAUAAUGAGUACGUUCUCUUAUGAUUGUGGUUUCUGAAGGAAAAAAACAGCCAUUUAGAUUAAUAUAGUCUGUAUUAAUUGUCUACUUAAGAAAUAAUUCUGUUUUGUAACAUUCCUUUCUUAAGGUAAUAUGGUUAUCAUGUAAUAUUACAAUAAGAAAUACGGAAGUCAUUCUUUACUGAUUUUGUUUUGGUUUUUUUUAUGUUUUGUGGACUAUGGAAUGUUCAAAUUCAUAGUUCUCUAUGCUGUUUUUAUUUCUAAGAUAAUGUCUCUAAUGUCAGAAAUCCCUAUAAAAUUCUUACACUAUU